AUGGAGGCUGAUGUUUUCAGGGCUUUGCUCCAUUUCGUGUACACUGACACUUUGCGGGAUUGCCACAGUGUGAAGCAGCAAAAGGAAGCUGCCAUGGCUCAGCAUUUACUUGUCGCCGCAGACAGGUACAACCUGGAGAGGCUCAAGCUGAUUUGUGAAGAGAAGCUGUGCAAGCACAUUGAUACAGUGUUCGGUUAUGGACAGAUUGAGCACAAGCCAAUUUCAGAAGGCCAAGACUGGACUGUACAGGCAAUCGACAUGAGCAAAUUUCUGGUGGCUGUCGCUUCGGGGCUCCGGCACGAGAACGUGGUCCGGCUGCUCGGCUACAACAUCACCGCCGACCUCCCCGUGCUGCUGUACGAGUUCGCCGGCGUGGGCACCCUCCACGACGUCCUGCACGGGCCGAGGGGGGCGCCGGCCAGCAGCCGCCAGCCGCCGGCGAUGAUCGAGGGCUUCAGGGCCAAGAUCGCCGAGCACGACGUGUUCAAGCAGCAGCUGGCUCCCGACGAUGCUGCUCAGGACCUCACCGCAACCGCGCUCUGGAAUCGGGCCGCGAUCGGGUACUACCACCCGCAGUAA